CGCCAACCACCCUAACCCAAAUCGCUCACUGCCCCAUUUCGAUUUGGGGGAAAAGAGAGCCGGCGGCCGGAGCAGCGGCGGCGGGGGUGACGAAGAUGCCUUCCGGCUACUCGUUCCCGACGAUGUCCCCGGCGCAGAUCGCGGAGGCUUUAACCCAGUACGGCAUCUCCCCCCUCGCCAACCUCCGCCCCGAGGACAUCGCCAAGCCCCAGCCCGACCUCCUCUCCGCCGUCCUCUCCCGCUUCAUCGCCUCCUUCGUCGACUCCCCCGGGGACGACGGCGAGGACGCGCAGCUAGGGUUCAAGGAGCUGGAGGCGCUGGACAACCCGGAGCACCACGCGGAGGGCAUCCGGGCGCUGCGGCUCUACAACAAGUCCCGCGCGUUCCUCGACUCCAUCCAGGUCAAGGACUUCACGCUCGCCGACCUCCUCCACCCGCACCCGAACCGCGUCGUCCAGCUCCUCAGCGCCCUCGUCAACUUCCUCUUCUACAGGGAGGACAAGCUCGGCCUCCUGCAGCCCAUCGCCGACCAGGCCGCCCACUACCACGAGCGCAGCAUGGAGCUCAAGGACAAGAUCGCCCAGCUUCAGAAGGAGAUUGGGGACCAUGAGCUUGCCGAGCAGAUGGAUGAGCCCAUAGUGCAGCAACUGGAAGCCGAGGUCAAUGGCCUGCAGCUGAACGCUCAGGCUUACAACAAGAAGCAAUUGGCGCUGCGAGCGAAAGCCAAAACCAUCACUGAAAAGAGAGAGGAGAUCCUCAGCAAGAUAACACAAGCUGAUUUUGAGUUGACGAAACAUGCCCAAGAAAAUGCCAAGUUGCUGUCUAAAGUAGUUCAAUCCCCACAAAAGAUUCAGAGGGCCCUGGAAGAGAAGAAAACAGCUCGUGCCCAGUUGAAGAACUCUGAGAAAAUGGCAGUGCAAAAUGUUCAAGAGAAAACUGCCACUUUAGAGAUAUACAAUAAGGCUUUUGAAAAACUGGCGAAGCAAUUCUCUAAAAUCCAGGACUUACAAGAACAAGUUAGUGCUGCUAAAACAGUUGAAAAGGAAGUUAAAGCACUCAAAGCUAAGCUUAAUGAUGAAAGUGCCUCAAUUAUGUCCCUUGAUGCGAAGAUUGUUGAAUGGCAAGGAAAAGUACUUGAAGCGGAGGAGCGUCUCAAGGCAAAAGUUAAAGAAAGGAAUCAAAUAGUUGCAGACGAAAAUCAGAAGCUGGUUGCUUUGAGGUCUGAAAUUGAAUGUAAACUGCAGUGCCUUGAACCUAGAGAAAGGGAAGUAGAGGCAAAGAUCGAGAAGGCCUCUCGUGUAUGUGCGGAAACUGAUUCAAAAAGGACUGCUGGCGCAGCAGAACAACAGAAAGUGCGCGCAAAAUUCGAUGAUAUUUUGCAAGCGUAUAAGUACUACAUGGAUACUAUGAACCCUUUCCUGGAACGCCUUGAAGACAUGGGCAAAAAGACUCCGCAGAGGCUGGCAGGGAAAGGUUCCUCUGAUUCUGGACCAUCUGCAGUUGCAACAAAAACCACAACCAGAGCCAAUGCAACAAGCAAGAAGUUGAGGGUUAGGAUAAGGACAUGAUGUGGGCUUCUUACCAGCAAAAGAUGCCGUAUAUCUUGUGGGCACGAAUGUAGGAAAACCCUGUAUAUAUUUUUCUGUCAAUCUUAGCAUGAUGCUGUAAUAGUGCCUCUAGCUAUUACGUACUACUAGCUAAAUGUCCGUGCUUUGCUAUGAGAUUAAGAAUCUGGGCUCAUGUUUUUUAAAA